UCUGCUUGUAACAGGCGGCUUGCUGACUGAUCUCACUAACAGGGCUUCUGUGUAAGCUGAGGCUAAACAAACACAGAUGGAGCCCUGUGUGCCUUCCCCAAAAAUGUUGGCAAUGCGGCAGGGACAUCAAAUGACACUCUGACUGCACAGCACACAGUCCUACCAUGCCGGGCGAGGAGACCUGACCGGUCUGGGAAGCUUGCAAUUUUAAUCUCUUCAGUUAGCCAAUAAAAGGUAUCACUUAAACUCCCUGAGCAGCAACGAAGGACGCUGUCCAUCUCUGCUUGGCCGCUGUCUGCUCCCAGACAUCAUGAGGAACAUCCAGAUCCUAGAGGAACCCCAGUGGAAGGGCCACUGUAUCAAGGACAUCUCUGGUCUCAAGAGGCUGAAGAGGAAGAGCAGGGAGGUCAUCAAGCCACUGAAUGGCUACCAAACUUUUAAAGUGGACUUGAAAGUGGAUACCGGCUUAACGGGGGCUGCUCAGCCAAGACCCCCUCUCCACGGUGCCGAGCUGAUGGACAUGGCAGGGGAAGGGGGAACGGAGGAUGCUCUGGAUUUGAGUAGUGUGGCUGCCCAUGCAAAAAAGGGGCUACCGGCGCCCGGGAGCCUGGAGGCGAAUCCCUAUGGGGAUCAGAGGCUGCAGCCCAGGAUUGUGGUGUGCCAGCGACCCCCGGAGACCUCCUACCUGUCAGUCUCCCAAGUCACUUACAACAACAACAGCAGCCCAGACCCCUGCUCAUCGCCUAGGAAACGGCUGGGGGAGCCAGAAGGCGUCUGUACGGAGAUCAAAGCCAUCCAGCAGACAAGGAGGCUGCUGGCUAAUGCCAGGGAGAGAACCAGAGUGCACACCAUCAGUGCAGCCUUUGAGGCUCUCAGGAAGCAGGUGCCUUGUUACUCCUAUGGACAGAAGCUGUCUAAGUUGGCCAUCUUGAGAAUAGCGUGUAACUAUAUCCUGUCCCUGGCAAGACUGGCAGACCUCGACUACAGCGCUGAUCACGGUGACCUGAAUUUUGCUGAAUGUGUAGAGCAAUGCACUAGGACAUUACAGUCAGAGGGAAGGUCAAAGAAGAGGAAGGAGUAAUAUGCGGUAACAUCUGCUCUUCACAACCCUACCAGCGAGGGUUCCAGUCUCCUCUCCGGCCAGCGGUGGAUGGUAAAUUGUGAAGACGGCUUCUGGCAGAGGUUCCUCACAAAGACAUCUGGAGAGAGAAACUCAAACACAGAGACGCUGGAAAGGCAAACAGUGCUGCUCGGUUGUGUGCAGUUUAUCUCUCUGUACCUCCUCUGUCAGGCCAGGAUAUCUUCGCGUCACUUCAUCGGGUUGAUGUUCUGCUGUCUUGCCAAAGAUUUAGUGAAGCUUUGUGUCAAUUUAUGGUCUUAAUUUGCUCUUCUGAGAAAGCCAAGCCUUAUGUAAGACUGAUCCCCAGAAUAUCAUAUUUAUUGCAUCCUGACACAACAGCCGAUUUCUCCAGAACACAGCUCUGCUUACCAGC